GAGAGAGGACAUCCGAAGUGAGUCGACUCAGUUUUGAAAGAGAAAGUCCGCGGAAACUGUGAACCACUAGCCAAUCCAUGUCCCUGGUAUGUUCAUAUUUAUCGUAUUUUCCUCCCCUUUCCCACCGCCUCUCUGUUCCCUAGGGUUGAGUAGUUCUAUUAUUUCAUCAAUUUACCCCUUUGAAUUGUCCCUUCUGUUAUUCGUCCGCGCUGGAAAUCUUUGGUUUUCAGCCAAUUCUAAUUGAUUUUAGACUUUGUAUUGUUCAAAUCUUAUCUGGGUCGUGGAGAACACGAAUCAAGAAGCUCAAUUUUCCAUCUGGGUUUCUCUGGUUUCCAUCUGUUAAGAUUAUCGGGAGAUUUAGGUGCUUUUUCACUUGAUUGGGGCUUGUUGCUUGCUCUUUGCCCUAAUGGACGACCACGAGGUUGAUUUUUCGAACCAGGAGGUGUUUUCGCCUGCAAACAUGGGCGGUGAACUUGCGAGUAGUUGUUCAAUGGACACCUUCUUUGAUGACCUGCUUAAGGACACUCACGCUUGCACUCACACCCACACUUGCAACCCCCCUGGCCCCGAUUACUCCCACACACACACUUGCUUUCAUGUCCACACUAAAAUUGUGUCUUCAGCGAGUGAAAACAAGGCUGAUGAUACUUGUGAGUCUGGGGAAAAGAAAUCAAAGAAGCAGCCUUUGGGUAAUAAGGUAGCAGUUCGUAAGUACCGCGAGAAUAAGAAGGCGCGGGUUAAGUUGUUGGAGGCUGAAGUUGUCAAUUUGAGAGCUGAGAAUCGGCAGUUGGUGAUGAGGUUGCAGGGUCAGCCUGCAUUGGAGGCUGAGAUUGCUAGGCUCAAGUGUUUGCUUGUUGACAUUCGAGGAAGGAUUGAAGGAGAAAUUGGGUCUUUUCCAUAUCAGAAAUCAGUGAAUCCGAGCCUGCCCAACCCAAAUCUGCCCAAUGCCUUUUUUAUGAAUCCAUGUAAUGAUGAUCAGCUUUACUGCCCUCAUCCAAGGAUGGAUGGGAAAUGUGGAGAUGGUGCAAUGAUGAAUGGGCAGGAUUUUAACGGCUGUGAUUUUGAGAGUCUUCAGUGUUUGGUUAAUCAGGAUGGAGGAUCCAAGGAGCUUCCUGGAUGUGGGCCUGGAAAUGGGGCGUCCAAUGUAAAUUCUUCUGGCACAAGCAAGAGGAAAAGAAGGAUUCGAGCCGCAGCAUCAAACUGAAAAACUCUGGAAGGAAGCAUUGACAUUGUCCUGAAGAGUACAUAUAUCAUCAUGCAAUAAGUAGUUCUUCGAACUGCAGCAUCAGCUUUUGUUCAGGUCGAUUUGUAUUUAUUUUUAUUUUUUUCAAUUUUUCUAUUACUUGAACCAUAUGUUUGGUCCUUGUAAUGGGUAUGGUUUAUCGAUGUCAAGCUGAAGUUUUGCCGGAUUCACUGCUAGUAUCCUUCAAGUUUGAUUUAAGUUUGCAUGUCCUUUAGUGCUGUAAACUUAGAUGAUGUGUAGCCAGUGAAACUUAUGGCAGAGCAACUUAGCGGUUUUCUGUGAAACUCAAAUUCUUUUGACUCUUAUCCUUCUACUACCUUUAGGCUACUGAUAUAUCAGCCAAAUUACUUCCGGCUCAUGUUGUUUUGCCGAGUUUCA